CGUUUGAUUAGCCAUUUGACGUGGUUGACAAAAUCCACACUGUCACAAGUCACAAUGAACAUUUUUGUAUAGUUUUUCUUUAUAAAAUUUAGAAAUGACCUCUAAUCGUAAUAACCCGGCUCCAUUCGGCGCAUCGGUGAAGCGUUUUGGAAAAAUCACAGUUCAUCCUAACUUGGAUCCGAGUGGACUCUACACUAUCAGGCCUCGGGCGUGUGACCCUUGCCGCUACCAUCCGAUAUCCAUUCAUAAAGUAUUCGAAGUUAACAAAAAUAGGAAAUCUGAGAAAGAUCCAUGGAGGUACAAGAAAGAACUAGAAGAGUGGGCCAAAAACCUUGGUUAUAGGAAUCAGAAAAUAUUAGCAAAAAGAAGAUGGGAGCAGUCUGUGCUUGGGCCAGCCUGGCAUUCAGUUCCCCAAAUGCCAAAAUACGAGGCCGCAUGCAAAAACGUCGGUUUCGGCAGAACCCCGCGAACUAGACCUUCGAAGGUUAGUUACCCUGGACCGGGUACUUACUACCACGCAGUUCCAUUCAAAGCUCCCUAUGGACCACAUUCGACUAGACCUACUUUCGAGAGGGAAGAACCAUGUCGUUUUCCAGACAGGUGUCCGAGGUGGUCAUUAGCCCCUGAUCGCUAUAUAAUAGUUGACAAGGAGAGUAUAGAGCAGAAAUCACACAAGCUGGUGUCUAGACGAGGUCCCUACGACCUUUUCACUGGAAGACGAGACGGCACUAUAAAGAAUCACUUUAACACAUCGCUGAAGGUCUCUGCGGCUACAUGGCCACUGGCGCUAAAAGGUUCUUUCGAAAAAUACAAGAAGAGUCACUUCGGUAGGUUGAACAAGACCAAUAGAAGUAAGCCGUACAGAGGUCGUAGCGCUCUGGUCGAUAUAUCGAUGUGCGUGAAACGGCCGGACGAGCCGGGUCCAGCGCACCUCAACAUCGACAAGCCGAAAGUGUUCAAGCAGUAUAAGUACGGCUUUAACAGUUCGUAUGACAAGGGUCCAGGGUACCAGCGAGUGAUAGUGUGGCCGGGCACGGGCCGGUACAACAUAAAGAAGCUGACCUGCGGCAUCUUGGGCCAGGGCCACAAGCAUGUUUUCCUGAGCAAAAUCGGCAGAACUAUCGGCGCUGUUAUCCCUGAACCCAUGAAUUCUUUCUAAGGUAUGCAUGUAAUUCGUGUAUCAGUAAUAUUUUUUGAAUUUAAUUUGGAUUGUCUUUACAGUUUUUUAUUAAGUGUAUUUACCAAACAUUGUAGUGAAUAAAGGGUUGCAUUAAAAAAUU